UUUACCGUUAUAAAAACCAGGAAAUCGUCUGAUUGCGAUUCUUUGUGCAGCGCAGUCGGAGCAAGUGGAGCAGGUGCAGGAUCAGCUCAAUAUGGUAUACGAUAUGACGCAUUUGGCACCGGCGCCGCCGCAGAGCAUCUCACUGAGUCGCUACUAUAUGGACCAGGACGAUGAGUUGGCUGCCGCGAACAAUGCGCUAUCGAAUGGCCAUGGACAUGGACAUGGGCAGCAUUCUGGCGGCGAUGAUUAUGCGGCCAGCACCACUUUGGACAUUGAUCAGCGCUUUCAGGCGCGCAUCGCCUGCGAGACGGCCGCUCAGCCGGCACCGCCGCCGCCACCGACGCCGGCACCACGUCGCCGCACCGUGCCCGUUGCCCAUCUGGAUCCCUCCGAGCUGGUGGGUCUGUCGCGGGAGGAGCGUCGCCGGCGUCGCCGUGCCACGCUCAAAUAUCGCACGGCGCACGCGACACGCGAACGGGUUCGCGUUGAGGCGUUCAAUGUGUCCUUUGCGGAGCUGAGGAAGUUGCUGCCGACACUGCCGCCGGACAAGAAGCUAUCCAAGAUCGAGAUACUCAAGCUAGCCAUCUGUUACAUAGCGUAUCUGAAUCAUGUGCUGGAGACACCCUGAGACGCCGCCAACGCCUCCAGCUGCAGCCAGUUGCCAGGCGCCAUGUUUCUAACUCUUCCUUCG